AUGAGGUUGGCUGUGUUCUUCUCUGGGGCCUUGCUGGGGCUACUAGCAGGUAAGGAGGAAGGGGACGGGGGAGGGGGCCCCUGGGAAGAAACCUGCCCUGGGUUGCUAACCAGUCUUUUCCUCAAAGCCCAGGGGACAGGGAAUGACUGUCCUCAUAAAAAAUCCGCCACUCUGCUGCCAUCCUUCACGGUGACACCUACAGCUACAGAAAGCACGUCAAGCCCUAGACCAACCAGCCACAGAACUACCAAGAGCCACAGAACCACCACUACCACCAUGCAUACAACUAACACCACAGGAACCACCAGCCGCGAGUCCCCAACAGCCACUCAUAGUCCUGCUACCACCACCAGUCAUCAAAAUACUACAGUUCAUCCAACAAGAAACAGUACUGCCACGAGUUCAGGACCCUCCACCAGAUCCCCCCACCCAGAACCACCACCCUCUCCAAGUCCUAGCCCAGGCUCCAAGGAGGCAAUAGGAGACUACAUUUGGAAUAAUGGUUCCCAGCCCUGCGUCCGGCUCCAAGCCCAGAUUCAGAUGCGAGUUCUGUACCCAACCCAGGGUGGAGGAGAGGCCUGGGGCAUCUCUGUAUUGAACCCCAACAGAACGAAGGCCCAGGGGGGCUGUGAAGGUCCCCAUUCCCACUUGCUCCUCUUAUUCCCCUACGGACAGCUGAGUUUCGGAUUCAAGCAGGAUCCACCGCAGAGCACUGUCUACCUGAAUUUUAUGGCUGUGGAGUACAACGUGUCCUUCCCCCAGGCAGUGCAGUGGACAUUCUCAGUUCAGAACUCAUCCCUUCAAGAUCUCCAAACCCCCCUGGGCCAGAGCUUCAGUUGCAGAAAUGCAAGCAUCAUUGUUUCACCAGCUUUACACCUUGAUCUUCUCUCCCUGAAGCUACAAGCUGCUCAGCUGUCCCCCUCAGGGGGCUUUGGACCAAGUUUCUCUUGUCCCAGUGAUAAGUCCAUCUUGCUGCCUCUCAUCAUCGGCCUGAUCUUACUCGGCCUCCUCGCCCUGGUGCUUGUUACCUUCUGCGUCGUCCGAAGACGCCCACCCUCUUACCAACCCCUCUGA